AUGGCUUCCGUAACUACUGCAGCUGCAAAUCUUAUUAUUCGUAUGGCUAGUAAUAAUAAACAUUCUGAUUUUCAUAUUUCGCUUCCGUUAUCUUCUACUGUGUAUGAAUUAAAACAGAAUUUGUCUUUAACGCAUCCGACGAAACCGCCCCCGAAAAACCAACGUUUAAUUUAUUCGGGAAAACUACUCGAAGAUUCAACUAAAUUAGAUCAAAUAUUUAAACCAAAUGCUACGAUAAACGAUUCUCACAGGCCACCGUCACCUGUUCAACCUCCAGAAGCUCCAGUACCAUUAGAGAGACCACAGGCUGAAAGGCCGCAUAACGAGAGAGAAGAUGAUUUACUCGGAACAUUGCAUAUGCUUGCAGAAUUGUUUGUAUUAUGUUCGAUUAUUUAUUUUUAUUCCACAUUUCAUCGAUUUUUGAUCGUAUUUAUCAUAUUUGCAAUACUGUAUUUUCAUUGUCGAGGCUAUUUAACAUUAUCACGUCGUAGAAGACGUCCGGUCAUACGACAUCCAACUCCUCCACCUGUCGGUACACAACCACGACGACAACAGCCAGCGCAAGCACAACCAGAUGCAAAUCAGCCUGAUAUUCCACUCCAACAACCGGUAGAAAGAAGUCAGGAGAACGUGGAACAAACUCCAAUACCAAAUGCUCCUAAUGACCUACUAAAUGCCAAUGAUAUUCAGCACGGAAAUCUAACGAUAUCAAUUUAUGAUGGUACACGUGAACAAAAUGGGAAUAAACAAACUGGAAUAGUUAUAACUAAAAUGAGAGUAUAUUUGGGAUUAUUGAUAUGUGCUUAUAAAGCAGAUGAAAAAGAUUUAACAUUUGAGAAUUCCUUGUGUUCAUUGUAUGGGUUCCAAGAUUCUUUAUUAUUUCAACCAAAUGAGCCGGAUACAUCUCGAGCCAUUGUUAUGUCACCAGAUAGUAUGGGUAUGCAGUAUGAAACACUGACAAUCGAAACGCCAGAUAAUGAAAAAUUACAUGGAUUUCUUAUUAAACAACAAAGUCGCUACAAUGAGAAAGAGACAAUGAUAUUCUUUCAUGGAAAUGCUGGAAAUAUUGGUCAUAGACUUCAAAAUGCUCAUAUAUUAUAUAGACAUUGUGGUAUUAAUAUUUUGUUGUUUGAUUAUCGUGGAUAUGGAAAAUCUACUGGUACACCAUCUGAAACUGGUUUAUACACGGAUGCUCAAGCUGUAUACGAUUUUGUACGAAAACGAGAAGAUUUAAAUCAAGAGAAGAUAUUUCUAUUUGGUCGAUCUCUUGGAGGCGCUGUUGCCCUUCACCUAGCAUCUCAACUUGGACAAACAAAUGCAAAACCACCAUUAUUAUGUGUUAUGGUCGAAAAUACAUUUACUAGUAUACCUGAUAUGGCAAAACGUUUAUUUCAAGUAUUCGUAUUAGAUUAUGUACCUAACUGGUGUUAUAAAAAUGUCUUUUCUUCGCUAUCAAAAAUACGUCACAUUAAAGUUCCUGUUCUAUUUUUAUCGGGCGAACAAGACGAACUUGUGCCAACUAUGAUGAUGCUUAAGUUAUUUGAAGAAUGUAAAAGUACAAAAAAGUGUUUACAAAGUUUUCCAGAUGGUAUGCACAAUACUACAUGGUUAGCCAACGAUUAUGCACAUCAAAUACGAAAAUUUCUUAUUGAUGUAAGUUUAAAUAUAUUUUAA